UGCCACUCGUCGGCAACCGAUGCCGUAUUUCGGCCCCAAUUAGAGGAUCUCAACGAUUCUGUGCCCAAAGAUAUCAUUGAAUUGGCGCACAUGUGUUGGCACGAGAGGCCAGAGGUCAGGCCAUCAUUUACCAGGAUUUACGACGAUUUCAUGAAGUUUUCCGGCAAUCGUCUGAAAGGCGCUGAACGUCUCAAACAAUUUAAUCACAAUCUAUUAACGGAGACUCGCAUUCCAUUUAUUUAUCUCAUGAUUUUGAGCUCCAAUACCCAAAAUAGAGAGAAGAGUAUAAUCGACUCGAUGUUAGUUAUGAUCGAAAAAUACGCCAACAAUUUGGAGGAUUUGGUGAUCGAAAGGACACAAAAACUCGAGGACGAGAGGAAAAUGUGCGAAACUUUGCUCUACAGAAUGUUACCCAUUCCUGUAGCCAAUAACUUGCGAAAUGGACGCCCAGUACUGCCCGAAAUGUUUAGUGAUGUUACCAUAUUUUUUAGCGAUAUCAUUGGCUUUACUACAAUCGCUUCAUUCAGCGAGCCUAUUGAAGUGAUAACAAUACUGAACGAUCUCUACACAGCGUUUGAUGAGAUUGUGGACAACUUUGAUGUGUAUAAAAUUGAGACCAUUGGAGACGCAUAUAUGGUUGUGUCCGCCUUAGAUUUGACGUUAUUAAAUAAAGUGCAUUUAUUUCACAUUAGUGUCGGUAAAGUGAAUCAUGUUUCACGUGAUUCACGCUCACUCACGAUCACGGGCCGUGAUCGUGAGUGA